AUACUCCUCGCGGGGCAUUUCCAUUCCCACACGCUCAUGAAGUCGGUGUCGCUGCUGCUGCUCUCGGCCAUCGCGCUGGCGCUCGCCAAGCGCCCGCAGAGCAUUGCCUUCUCGUGGCCGGAAGGCGAUGACAAGAAGAACUACGACCCGGACAUGGCGCCCGAGACGCAACACAUCCCGCUCGACCCGACGGACGCGGCGCUCCGCCCGCCGCCGCCGCGCGUGUCGGCGACGCCCGACAUUUUUGUGGGCCUCUCGACGUUCCGCGACGGGCACCGGUGUGGCUACACGCUCUUUACGGGCUUCAAGCGCGCCGUGCACCCCGACCGCCUCUACUUUGGCGUCGUCGACCAGGUCAACCCCGGCGACCUCCGGUGCUUGGACGAAUAUUGCAAGAUGGCCAAUGCCGAAUGGCCCGAAGAAGAGUGCAAGUACAAGGCGCAGAUCAAGAUUGACGAGCGCCUCGCCGACGACUCGCGCGGCCCGACGUACGCGCGCCACUAUCAGCAAAAGCUGGUCGGCGACCAAGAGUUUUGCCUCCAGCUGGACGCGCACUCGGUGUUUACGAACGGAUGGGACUCAAGCCUCAUCAACGACUGGAAGUCAGUCGGCAACGAGAUGGCGAUCCUCUCGACGUACCUCCACCACGUGCACGACGGGUACGUGCUGCCCGAUGGCACCAACCACCCGCCGGACCAGCUCCCGCACCUCUGCACAACCAUGCGCGGCGGCAACGGCUGCGUCCGCAACGUAGGCGCGAGCAUGAUGCAGCGCCCCGAGAUGCCGCAGAUGCAGGCGCUCUGGGGCGCAGGCCUCUCGUUUGGCAAGUGCCACGCCGAGAAGCGCGUGCUUAUCGACUCGCACACGCUGUGGAUGUUUGACGGCGAGGAAUUCCUCCGCGCGUCGCACCUCUGGACGUACGGCUACGACAUGUACUCGCCCAGCAAGGGCGGCACGGUCGUGUACCACAACUACACGACCGUCCCCGCACGGUUUGAGCACGUUCAGGUCGACCAAGCGCGCAAGGCAAAGGAAACAACGAUGGGUGUCAACCGCUUCAAGCUUAUCGUCGGGCAGCCGUUUAAGGGCCCCGUCGACAUGGAAGAGUUGGACAAAUAUGCCUUUGGCACCGUGCGUUCGUUCCAAGCUUUUCUCAACUUUUCGGGCAUUACGUUUGAGGAAGGCAAGAGCGACGAGCACUCGUGCAAGCAGCUCCACUGGGUCCCGUACACCAACCCCGCCGAAAUCGAGGCGCUCCUGCCCGGGUGGCACCUCCGCCCCAAGAAGACGCCGACACUGACGGCCGCGCCGGCACCGGUGCAUGUCUUCUCGAACGACGAGGCUCGUGUGCGCUCGGUGGCGGCUGCGCCGAUGCGCCGGAAACAAGCGCCGGACCACGGGAUCGAAGCCACGAUCUCGCUCGACCACGUGCCGACGCUGACGGGCCCCGUGCUCUUAAUGCUCUUCGGCGUCAUGGUGUUGAGUGUCAUCAUGUAUGUGAACGGCGAUCUCUGA